AUGUACAGCUCAUGCCUCGAGAUUGCGCGGUCGCACAUCCGACUUCCCGUCAAUCGAGACGUAAACGCACUGAAACACGUUCUGCGCGAUUGGCUACGCUACACCGAGCAGACGCCUUUGCAACAAAAACAAGCCUUCCCGGCCGCGCUCCGGAUUGAGGUACGACGACCCCAACCACCUUUCGCCGAUGCGGAUCUGCGCGGACGAAUCGCGGAGACCCCUCUUCAAAAAGGGCUCGCCGCGUGGCGACGGCAGCCCGGGGAUCCCCUUUUUACCGAUCGCGUGGGUCUGGCGUUGGGGAAGGAUAGGCGUCUGAAGGAGAGGGAAAGCGGGAAAUGCCCGCAUGUGUUCGUGAAGAACGUGCCGCUCGAGUUGUGGACGGCGCUGCUGCCGUGGGAGGUUCAGCGAGGGCUCUCCGGGAGCGUCCUGGAAGAGGAGGAAGGGAAAGGGAAAGGCAAGGCCGCCACCCCCGCACGCGAAGGGUCUGUGGGGCUGGAAACGGAUCCCAACCGCGGUAGCGCAAGCCCCGCGAAGGACGAGGACGAGGAGGAAGAUCCCUACGGCGUCGUAUCCACACCCGUCCGCCAGGGAAGCCUCGACGCGCGCGGGCCUCCCGAGAACGACGACGGGGGUAAAUCGAAUGCCGUCCGUCCAGGUCUUCUCUUCGUUUUGGAUGCUAAGCAAACGCAACAGCAGGGGGCCGUUCGCUUCUGGAGCGGGGGCAUCAUCAUCCCCAUCGAUGUACUUUUUUUCGUCGCGACGCAGCCCCCUGCGGUCGCGCAGUCGCCCUCCUUCCGGGGCCUCCGCAGGGAGGACGUCGCCCUGAAGCUCAAGAACAACGAGCUCGCGCGCGCCGUCGCGGAGCAUUUCUUCCCGAACGACGAGUUGCGCUCCGGUCUGACGGAGUUCAAGCUGCACACGCACGGCCAUCUCGAUCCCUUCCCGUCGGAUCCCCCCGGCGUCCUGGAGGGCAACGCGCGAUUCGAUGUUGGGGCUUCGUUUCCUCCGAAUGCGGGUCCCGAUCAGAUCCCGCGCUUCGUGCUCGAGGCCCCACGGCAUCUGCUGCGCCGCAGCGUCCAGUACGCCCUCCGCGAGAGUGAAAAGGACUACGAGCGCGUCCACGGCCCCUGCGUCGACGCCGACGCCGACCUGCAGCUGACGUUGGAGCUCAGUGAGGGGUUGAAGGCGCACCUCAUGGCGAAAGCGCAGCUCCACGCGCAAUACGUGAUGCCCUUGGUGGAGACGAUCGUGUAUCACCUUCGCCGGCUGAAUCGGCCGCUGAAUAGCGACUCCGAUCGCGUUGCGGUCGGCGAGGCGGCGGACGGAGGCGGAAAUCAAACCGGCGGCGACGGGGCGCGUCUUCAGGUGUGGUUGUCGGAAAAGGAGCAGCGGUGGAUGACGCCGCGCGAACUCGCCGCGCUGCAGGCGGAGCAAACCCGAAAAUCCCUCGAAACGCCGUGGCAGGCGCAACGGCAAGACGACGCCGACUUGUUCGAUCCGCACGACAACGAGGAACCGACAGACGACGAUCACGCGCAACUUUUCCAGGAAGAGGCAGCGGUCAGCGUGGUGGCCGACGCAACCACCGGCUUGGGUUCAAAUAUUGCGAAGUCUGAGGCGGAUCCGGCGCUUCGUGUGAGGCCUGCGCAGCCUGGCGGCACCUCCGCUAGCCGUAGCAUCGGUUUGUACUCCCCGACGCUCGCGGAGGAGGACGAGGGGCGGCCGAGUUACCUCGCGCCGAGCUUCUUCGGCCGCAACGAUGCGAACGUCCUCCGUGAGCACGCGCUGGUGGUGAACGCGGAUAAACUCGCGCGGUAUCCGCGAACCCGCUCGCACCUCCCACGGCUCCCGCCCAUCGAUUAUGAGCUGUUUGACCUGUGUGUGCGUCUUGGGGUGGGCCAUGAGGUCGUGAUGCAUUAUUACUAUCAGAGAUUAUUGCGGGAGUGGCGGCAAGAACUGCUUCAGCUUCAGAAUCAAGGUAAGAAUAGGGCAGUGGAAGGUGCUGCGAACACAACGUCAUCCUCACGUCUUCAUGACGACGAUGUGCAGCGCAUGGUAAGGCUGGUUCGAGAUUCAUCGCUGCAGGUGCCGGAUGAGCUUCGCUUCUUGGUGGAGGAAGUGCACCAACACAGAGAAGAGAAGCGUUCUGAGGAAAAGGAAUGA